CGAUUUCGUGUAAGGAAAUAUAAAAAGAGAUUGACUUAACAACGUUAAUCCAGAAGUUGAAAUGAAGCUAAUAAUAGGUGUUGUUUUUAUAGUAGUAUCUGCUUUAGCAGAUGAGUUACCUUUAGCAGAACAAUGUGACGAAGAAGCAUGCCAGUUGCCUGAUUGCAGAUGUUCGUCGACGGAUAUUCCCGGUGGUCUAAGACCUAGGGAUACUCCGCAGUUCGUAACUAUAACUUUCGAUGGCGGCUUAAACACUGUCAAUAUCCAAACAUAUCGACAAGAGCUCUAUGACAAAACUACCAAAAAUGGGUGUCCAAUCGGAGCUACCUUCUACGUUAACCAUGAGUAUACCAACUACAAUAUUGUAAAUGAACUAUACAAUAGAGGAUUUGAGAUUGGUUUGAACUCAAUCUCUCAUCGGACACCGCCUUCUUAUUGGGCUCAAGCUGAUUAUGACACUGUGAUGGCAGAAAUUGGAGACCAAAGGAUUCAAAUGGCACAUUUUGCGAAUAUACCAAUGGAUGCAAUCAAAGGUGUUCGCCUCCCGUUCCUACAAAUGACCGGCAACUCAAGUUUCCAAGUCAUGGCUGACAUUGGCCUGCUAUAUGACGCAAGCUGGUCUACCACAGCCAACACGAACCCAGGCCUCUGGCCGUAUACCCUGGACUACGCUUCCACCCAGGACUGCAACAUUCCUCCUUGUCCAACCGCCUCAAUUCCCGGAGCUUGGGUGUUUCCUCUUGUUGCCUGGCUUGACUUGAGUGGAACUGCAUGUACUACUGUAGAUUCUUGCUUCGACGUUCCCGAAGAGAAUGACGUAGACGGCUGGUACCGCUUCUACAUAUCCAACUUCGAGAGGCACUACCUUGGCAGUCGGGCUCCAUUCGGUUUCCACGUCAAGGAAGCGUACUUUACCAUAUAUCCAGGAGCCAGGGUUGCUUUUAGACGAUUCCUCGAACUUCUGAACAAUUUGCAUGAUGUGUUUGUUGUGAAUUCGAGCCAAGUGAUAGAAUGGAUCAAAGACCCUGUUCCUGUAAGCGAAUACAUUGAGCAGCCAUGCUGGAAUUUUGUGAACACUCGUUGUAAUCACAUCGGCUGUCCACCGCUUACUUCUGAACACAAUCAGAUUCAAUAUUGGAUGGAAAUCUGCAAUAUUUGUCCUCGAGUGUAUCCUUGGGUAGGCAAUCCAUUAGGACUUUAAGCACUUUCACUAAAUACAUACAUACAUACAUACAUAAAAUCACGCCUCUUUCCCGGAGGGGUAGGCAGAGACUACCUCUUUCCACUUGCCACGAUCUCUGCAUACUUCUUUCGCUUCGUCCACAUUCAUAACUCUCUUCAUACAAGCUCG